CAUUUUGCUUUCCGUAGUCCCCUUCUUCUCCACCUCCUUCCUCUUGAGAUCGGAAGUGGAGGAGUGUUCGUUUCUUGUUGGAUUAUCGUGAUGAAUGGAAAUGAAGCAAUUGAAGAUGAGAAAAUGGACAAGCACCUGGAGAAAUUAGUCUAUACGUGGGGAUACCUUCCCGGAGCUCUGCCGGAGAAGGCUCCCAUAUUGUCUCCAGUUCCGGUCAGGCUUUCAGAUCCGGUUCUAGCUGGAGAUUCGUGGAAGGACGUGUGUGGAGGUGGUUGUGGAUUCGCCAUGGCCAUCUCAGAGAAUGGAAAGCUCAUAACGUGGGGAGCGGCGGAUGAUGAGAGUCAAAGCUACUCGACAUCGGGAAAACAUGGGGAGACCCCAGAGCCUUUUCCGGUUCCCACUGAAGCUUCUGUGGUCAAGGCUGCUGCUGGCUGGGCUCAUUGCGUCUCAGUCACUGAGCAAGGUGAAGUAUAUGCAUGGGGCUGGAAAGAAUGUGUGCCUUCUGGAAAAAUUGUUGGCGAUUUCCUCAUUGGUAGAAACCUUCAAAAAGAUGCUGCUGGGAAACAGAGCUCUUUGGUGACUGAACAAGGAAGCCCACAAGGCUCGAACACGAGUAAUGGGUCAGAUUCACAACUUGACAACAAGAAAGUUGGAGAGGAAACUAUAAAGCGUAGGAAGAUAUCACCAGCCAGGCUAGAAUCUGACAGUCCAUCGUCUGGAGAUGAAUUUUUUACAGUAUCUCCUUCACUUAUUACUUUUGGUCAUGGGGUGAAAAUUACCACUGUAGCAGCAGGGGGGAGGCAUACAUUGGCACUGUCAGAUGUGGGACAGGUCUGGGGUUGGGGCUAUGGAGGUGAAGGACAGCUAGGUUUGGGUUCUCGUGUUAAGAUGGUUUCCUCUCCUCAUCUCAUACCUUGUAUUGAGCCAUCAACUUCUCAGAAGGAUAAGCCAUCGGUAAUUCAUCAAGGAGGUUUGGGUGCUACAACUCAAGCUUCAAAAGUCCCAGGGACUUAUGUGAAGGAAAUUGCUUGUGGAGGUCGGCACAGUGCCAUAAUAACAGAUGUGGGGGCACUACUUACUUUUGGCUGGGGCCUGUAUGGACAGUGCGGGCAAGGGAGUACUGCCGAUCAGCUGAGACCAACUUGUGUACCUUCUUUAUUGGGAACUAGAGUGGAAAAAGCUGCUGCAGGACUAUGGCAUACACUGUGUGUAACUGUAGAUGGUCAUCUUUAUUCAUUUGGCGGGAACCAGUUUGGACAGCUGGGUACAGGUUCUGACCAUCUUGAGGCGUCACCUAGACUCUUGGAUGCUUCGUGUUUGGAGAAUAAGCACUCUAGUGUGAUUUCUUGCGGUGCUCGUCAUAGUGCUGUACUAACAGAGACAUUCUUGAUACUGUUCCACUUACUCUUACAACGACUGUUUUGUUUGCAUGUUGAAGACGAUGGUCAAUUUUUCACUUGGGGAUGGAACAAAUAUGGCCAGCUUGGUUUGGGGGAUUCUGUUGACAGAAACAUCCCAUGUCAAGUAUCUAUUGGUGAAUGUCGACCAAGAAAUAUAGCAUGUGGUUGGUGGCAUACGCUACUGGUGGCUGAAAAAUCCGUUUGAUUCCAAGUUUGUCAAAUAGUGCAAUCUAGAGGAGAAGGUGGCACAGUUUUGAUAGGAUUUUGGUAAUUCACUAGGCGACAUAUCAUUAGUGGGACGUAGGUGUGUCCAAAAUCACGCAGCAUGUUUCUUCAUCUUUAUAUAUUUCUUCUGAUUUCGCUAUCUAGCUCUUUCCUUGGUAGACUUUAGCUUUGGCGUUAACAUUAUUGAGAUAUCAGAUCUUUUGGUUUGCUUACGCACAAGUAAGUGUUUGCGACUGUUCGGUUUAUUCCGAUUUAGAAUUAUACGAGUCUUGGUCUCUUAGGUACCGGGAAAAUGCUGCGGAAUUUGGGUUAUACCUUGGCUGUGCUUGGAUUCAAUUUGGAGCGUUUUUUUUUUUUAAGUCAUUAAUUGUAGGAUCUUCACUUAUUAUUAUUUUUAUUUUACAGUAUACAAUUAAAUAACAGUUGUUAUCUUAUA